GGAAAGAGAUGGAACUGCCGGCCACCACAGAUAAAAGCUCCUCCAGACGCCUUCUCUUUGACCGCCGUUACGGCUGGGUGGUCGACGAGUGGAAGGACCCAUCGGAGGAAGCUCUCGCCGGUGGAAGAGGAAUGUUUUGUGUAGUUCCUUUGGGCAAAACUCUGUUUCAUACGGCUUCACAAUCUCUUCGCUCGACCGUCAAGUUUGUAGAUAUGAAGCUUCAGAAAUGGCAAAAUCCGAAUUCUACUCUCAUGGGAGAUUCAAGGUCCGUGGUUGAAACGUGAAAAAAAAAACAAGGCAAAACCUGAGUCAAGUGAAUUUUGAUUUGACAACUUGUUCAUGUGUUCACCUAGAUGAUCUUCGUUUAUAUGCACCCUGUUGGAAGUUAUGGUUUUGCUUGUUUUCCAAAUACAUUUUGUGGUUUAUGAGUUUUUCACUUGUGAAAUUCUACAGUUUUGUAGUACAAUGGAUAAAGGCAAACCAUGAAGACAAUACACAUCCCA